AUGGCCACAUCUGGAAGAAGAGAAGUUGCUCGGCGGAUUCUCCGUUUGACGGAUGGAAUUGAAGAAUCACACGAAGUACAUGAACCAAUAUUUGACAUUAAGGAUACACCAAUUGAAUCGCUUGAAAAUGCUGUCAAUCCACUUGUUCCAUUCUUACCUGACAUUCGAAAGCAUGCAGUUACUGCUAAAAAAGCAUGCAAAAAUCCACCUCCUGAUGGAUUAACAUUUGAUGAAUCGGCUUCAAUUAGGCUUUAUUCGAUGGAAUGGGUACCACAUGAUAAAUGUUUGUAUGUUGUUUUAAAUGACACCCUGCGAUCGGAAGAUGGAGAAAAAGUCAAACCAUGGUUUUUGUAUUUGAAACUUUUUCGUACUGCACUUGAACGACUUCCAAAACAACAUCUAACAGUAUAUCGUGGAGUCAAAAAGAACUUGCAUGAAAAAUAUAAUAAAGGUCAGACCAUCAUAUGGUGGGCAUUUUCUUCAUGUACAGAAUCGAUCGAUAUUUUGCAAAAUGAAAAUUUCUUGGUUUAUGAUAUCGAAAAUGUGAUUGCACCAUUAGAUAGAGCUCGUGGAGAUCUACUUGGAAUACUAUUGGAACAUUUGGAACAUGUUCCUAAACGAAUAUGGGAGGGUUUUACUCGAAUAUGGUGCUAA